UGCCGAUUGCCGAGCGCUGUUCAUUGUUCGUUUGCCGGCCGGUACUGUAAGAACACAUUCUAUCCCUUCGCGCUCCUCUAACUAUAAACGAAACAUAUUGAAACAAGCAUAUUAGCUGUGCGCCUUCGUGUCUUUUUACUGAAAGUAAUCAUGUCGUCCGAACAGCAGCAAGAUAGCACCGCGAUGAACGGAGAACAGAACGGUGACAACAAAGAGAAGGAAGUUAUUACGGAGAAUGGUGAAUCGGCAGCGGUCGCUAGCGAACCUGUUGCGGAUGGCGAAAACGAACCGCCGAAAAAAGAGAUGAGGGCCGUGGUUUUGACCGGCUUUGGCGGCUUGAAAUCGGUGAAAAUUUUGAAAAAGCCCGAGCCGACCCUCGGUGAGGGCGAGAUCUUGAUCAGAGUCAAGGCCUGCGGACUUAACUUCCAAGACUUAAUGGUACGUCAAGGGGCCAUAGACUCUCCACCCAAAUGCCCGUUUAUUCUUGGAUUCGAGUGUGCCGGAGACGUGGAACAGGUUGGAGAAGGCGUAGAAGAUUUCCAGGUUGGAGAUCAAGUGGUGGCCCUUCCAGAAUACCGAGCAUGGGCAGAAUUGGUAGCCGUUCCUGCUAAAUACGUAUACAAACUUCCAAAAGGACUGUCAUAUUUGGACGCAGCUACCAUCAGCAUGAACUACGCGGUCGCCUACAUGCUGCUCUUCGAGGUGGCCGGACUUACUCAAGGGAAAUCCAUCCUGGUGCACUCAGUUGGCGGUGGAGUGGGCCAAGCAGUUGUUCAGUUGGCCAAAACUAUUCCAGAUGUUACCAUAUAUGGCAUUUGCUCCAAAGGAAAACACGAAGCCUUGAAGGAAGCCAACGCACCAGUCGACCAUUUAUUAGAAAAAGGUUCAGAUUAUGUCAGCGAACUUAAAAAGAUUUCUCCAGAUGGAGUUGACAUCGUGCUGGACUGCCUCUGCGGCGAGGAAUGCAACAAAGGCUACAAUCUACUUAAGCCCAUGGGAAAAUACGUCCUCUAUGGAACGUCGAACGUCGUCACCGGAGAAACGAAGGGAUUCUUCAGCGCCGCCAGAUGCUGGUGGCAAGUGGAUAAAGUUUCUCCGCUCAAGCUCUUCGACGAGAACAAGAGCUUAGCGGGCUUUAACCUUCGUCAUUUUAUGUACCAACAAAACGGUGCGGCUCACGUCAAAGACACAGUCCAGAAAGUAUUCCAGCUGUUCCAGGAGGGCAAAAUUAAGCCUCUUUUGGAUUCUACAUGGGCAUUAGAAGAUGUAGCAGAAGCUAUGCAGAAAAUGCACGACCGCAAAAACGUCGGCAAAAUAAUCCUCGAUCCAAGCCUGGAGCCCAAACCCAAACCGGCCACUCCAGCGAAGGGCAAGGACAAGAAGAAGCAAUCUUCCGAAGAGAAGAAGGAUAACGACGAGAAGAAAGAGGAUAAAAAGGAAGAGAAGAAAGAAAAGGAAGAAGAGAAAAAGGAGGAGAAAAAAUCCGAAGCCGCGACCAACGGCACUGGCGAACCGGCAGCGGCGGACGAAGCUGAUCCCAAAGAAAAAGAACACUCCAGUUAAGUAUCUCCUUUCGUCUCUUCAAACACCACAUCCCUUUCUGUAUGAACAUUCGCAAUUUUAUUAUGUACGUCAUCAAUAUUUAGCUCUAAUUACUUGGUUUAGUUUACCCUAUCAUAUGAUCAAAUGAAAACGAUGUUAUAGUAGUCUUUUCGAGGUUCUUGACAGGUACAGCAAUUAAUUCUACUUAGAGUACUUUCUAAAAUACUUCUUUAUUAUCUGUAUUUUGUUUUAUUUAUAUUUUUAACUUUAAACCGGUCGUUCAAAUAACACACUACGUCAAUUGUGAGUGUCAAGAACUUCACCAAUACAUAUAGUAAAGCUUAAACUAAAAUUACAACGAUUUUCAUCAUAAGUUUUGUGAAUAAGAAAUACAUUUGGCGCCCAACGUGGGGCGCCGUCUGUAAUAUUGUUUUUAUUUGAUCACAUGAUAUGAUAAUGUCGAUAUAGAUUAUAUAUUCACAGGGAGAUCUCAAGUACUAUAAAAAUAUCCGUUAUAGUUUUAGUAAAACGACAAAUGUCUCAUAUUGAGUGUUUUAUAAUUAAUUCUCUAUUUUUAUAUAUGUUAACUGUAUUAUUAUUAUUUGUGGUUUGUAUCAAGAAGAACGUUUGUUUUAUUACGCAUUAUGUUUCCAUAAAAGGUGUUUAUUUUUUUUAUAAACUUGAUUGGUAAAAUUAUAUAAAAAAUUCAAAAAGAACCAACCCUAUUUAAUUCGUAUAUAUUGUAAAAGUAACGGUGUAAUCUACUAUAAUAUAAGAACUAACACACUCAGUAUUGCCUAACAAAAAGAACUGAAUUAUUUUUGUUGGUGCAAGGCCAAUUAUUCAUAAUAGAGUAAUUUUGUCAGAAAUAGUUUUAUUUUUUAUAUAUUUUUGAGGUCUAGUUUUAAACCAUUAGAUGAUAAAACCACCAAUGAAAGAAUUCUUGCUAAAAAUACGAUAUUUUUUCUAAUUUAGAGUCACAUAUCUUACUGAAUAAAAAGCGUCAGACCAACAAGUAGCUAGCAUUUUAUAAAAAAAGUAUUUUUCCACGCUUAGUGAAAACAAAACAAAGAUAAACGAAUUUUUGAAAUUUUCUAUGGGUAUAUUUUUGCUAAAAUUGCCAUUUUUUCGCCAUAUCACGAGGUGUUUUCGAUUUACACUUUACUGAAUUUAUAUAAAAUUUAUAGUUUUUAGUAAUUAUUGAUUUUAGUACUUUAAGAAGAUUUAUAUUUUUGCGCUUGUAUAUUUUAAUACCUACUACUAUUACUGCUAUAUUGUGUAAAACUCGAAAUAUAUGUAUAUCUAUUAUGAGUAACUUUUGUGCAAAAUAUAUUUUCUUAAUUAUAUGUAACGGAUCGAUUGUGUUUAGAAAAAAAAAGGUAAAAAGAAGCUGUUCUGUUUUGAAAAUUAUAGAUAUUAAUUAUUAAGCUAAAGUAUGUUAAAUAUUGCUUAAAAUUAUAUGUAUAUGUAAGACUGAUGUGUUAAGCUACUGCAUAUUAUUGUUUGGAUGCCUGUAUAUUAAAUAAAGUAUAAUUACCAAAAAAA